AUGGUUUUCAUCAUGACUGCUUCCAUUGAAUUAAAAGCACUAUUGUAUAUUCUAACCUAAGUUUUUAGAUGAAAUAUUUUAUUAUUUUUUAACUUAAAAUAAAAAGAAUAAUGGGACAUAGUAAAAUAUUUUUAAGAAAUCGAGCAUUAGGAUAUGUUUCUAAUCAUAUUCCUCUUAUCACGAGAUAUAUUAAAAGACGAAAAGAAAAUCUUAUAGUAACGUGUACAGGUAAUGCAUUCCAUACGUAUAGUUGUUCGCACUUUACACUUCUUAGUGUAUCAGGAGUACAUCCAGGUGAAAUUACAUGUCUUGCGGGAGAUGUUUAUCAUGUUUAUACAGCAUGUGAAAAUGAAAUAUACGCUUGGCGAAGAGGAUCAGAAAUAAAACAUAUCUACAAAGGUCAUGAUUGCACAGUACACACUUUAUUACCUUUUGGACCACAUUUAGUGUCUGUUGAUGAAAAUAGUAAUGUUAAAAUAUGGGAUAUUAAAACAGAAGAGCUAAUAACAGAACUUACUUUUAAUAAUACACAUUUCAAAAUUACAACACUAAUGCAUCCUAAUACCUAUAUAAACAAAGUAUUAUUUGGAAGUGAACAAGGUCAAUUACAAUUAUGGAAUUUGAGACUUUUAAAAUCAGUUUAUACAUUUAAUGGUUGGAACACAGCAAUUACUGCACUUGAACAAGCACCAGCAAUAGAUGUUGUAGCAAUUGGUUUAAAUGAUGGAAGAAUUAUAUUGCAUAAUUUAAAAUUUGAUGAAAGUAUUUUUGAAUUAAUGCAAGAUUGGGGUUGUAUAACAUCCAUUAGUUUUCGCACAGAUGAACAUCCAAUUAUGGCCACAGGAAGUUUAGAUGGUCAUAUUGUAUUUUGGAACCUAGAGCAACGUAAAGUAGAAAGUCAACUUCAUAAAGCUCAUUUUGGAGCUGUAACAGGAUUAAAAUAUUUACCCAAUGAACCACUCUUAGUAUCAUCUUCUCCUGACAAUUCUUUAAAAUUAUGGAUAUUUGAUUUAGCUGAUGGAGCUGGAAGACUUUUAAGAAUCAGAGAAGCUCAUUCAGAACCUCCUACUAUUAUUCGUUUUUAUGGAAAUGAUGGUGAAAAUAUAAUAACUGCUGGUAGUGAUUCUUCUGUAAGAUUAUUUUCUACCAUUUCAGAAAUGUUAAAUAAAAGUUUAGGAAGAGCAUCUUUUAAUAGAAAAGCUGCAAAAAAAAGAGGAAGAGCUGUUGAAGAUCCUUUACAAAUGCCACCAAUUACUGAAAUUGCUAUGGAAGUAACAAGAGAAAAAGAAUGGGAUAACAUUGUAGCAACACAUUCUGGUUUGGGUACAGUUACUACAUGGUCUUUUGAUAAAACAAGAAUGGGAGAAUAUAAAUUAUUUCCAGAAAAAUUUAAAGGCAAUCAUAAUAUUACUGCAAGCAGUAUAUGUUUAACAAAAUGUGGAAAUUUUGUUGUUAUUGGAUAUAGUAAUGGAUAUGUAGAAAGAUUUAAUAUACAAUCAGGAAUCCAUAGAGCUAGCUAUGGUACUGAUAAAGGAGCACAUAAAGGUCCUGUAAAAGGUGUAAUGGUAGAUCCUUUGAAUCAAGUUGUAAUUACAGCUGGAAAAGAUACAUAUAUAAAGUAUUGGAAUUUUAAACCAAAAAUAGGUGAUACAGAAUCAUUAGCAAAAAUGAUACUAGAUGAGCCAAUUGAAUGGAUACGAUAUCAUGAUGAAAGUUCUCUUAUAGCUGUAGCAUUGGAAGAUUUUAGUAUUAUAUUAAUAGAUUUUGAUACUAGAAAAAUUGUUCGACGUUUUGAAGGACAUAAAGGGCGCUUGACAGAUGCAUGUUUUAAUCCUGACUCAAGAUGGCUAAUAACAGCAUCUAUGGAUUGUACAAUUUGUACAUGGGAUAUUCCUUCUUCUAAUUUAAUAGAUAUUUUUCAGAUUCCAGAAGCAUGUACAUCAUUACAUUUUUCCCCAACUGGAGAAUUUCUUGCUACAACACAUGUGUGUAAUCUAGGUAUAUAUUUAUGGUCGAAUCGCACUCUUUAUUCCCAUAUUUCUUUAAAAGCAAUAAAUAAAGAUGAUCCGAUUCCAAUGAUCGGACUUCCCAAUUCGGUAAUAGAAAUUAAUGAUAAAGAAGAUGAACUUUCUGAACCAGAAUUGGAGUAUAUUUCUCCAGAACAAAUUCAAGAAAAUCUUAUUACAAUGUCUGGUUUAGCUCACUCUAGAUGGCAGAAUCUAUUAAAUAUAGAUAUUGUUAAAAAAAGAAACAAACCAAAAGAAGUAUCUAAAACAAUGGAAAGUGCUCCUUUUUUCUUACCAACAAUUCCAUCAUUAGAAUUGAGAUUUGAUUUUUCGGAUGUUACAAAUACGGAGACGAAUAAGAAAUUUAUUGUCCAUCCUGAUUUUCAAAGUCUUACUGUAUUUGGCAAAUCCUUACUAUCUGUGGAAAAUAAUAAUUAUCAAGAAAUUAUUGAAAAAUUAAAAUGUAUGAGUCCAAGUUCUAUUGAUUUUGAAAUUCAAUCACUUUCAACAGAUGAAAAAACAUCGACUACCUUAUUACUUCAUUUUAUGAAAAUGAUUUAUUAUAUGAUAGAAAGAAAACGAGACUUUGAAUUAUCGCAAGCUUAUUUAGCUGUAUUUUUAAAAUGGCAUGGAACAACAAUAACAGAAACUGAAUCUUUAAGAAAUUAUUUAAACACAUUACAAGAGAUACAAUCCAAAACAUGGUUGAUAUUAAGAGAUAAAUUGUUUUAUAAUCUUAGUGUUGUACAAAUGUUAAAGAAGAUGUAAAAUUUUAUUAUAAUAAAAACAAUUUUUUUAUAAUA